CGCGUUUUUCGUGUUUAUAGCGCCGAAACAAUGCACCCAGUUUAAAACAAAGGGGAAUUUUGUUUACAAAUAUGUUCGUUUUACAGUGCGAAACGGACGGUUGUGUGAUAAGGACUGUGAUAUUUUUUUAAUUAGUUUCGUAUUAGUUUUAAGAUGAAUGUUGGGGCCAGCUGUAUCAGUUUGUAUACCACAGACGCGUACAAAGAGACGAGCGACACAAAGGAAACGUUCCAGAGCACGUUUUCGAUUAGCAAGUACGAGAGCAAAAGCUUGAAAAGCCUAUGGCCGCAGAUUUUCGCGGCCGUCAUAGCCGCAUCUUUCCAUAUUGGAAAUGGAAUCUCCAUGGCGUACUCGGCGGUACUGAUCGCCCAGCUGGAUCAGCCUGACAGCGAAAUAAAGCCCACCCAAACUGAGAAGGCGUGGAUGGCAAGUGUACUGAUCAUAGUGGUACCAGUAGCUUCAAUAGCCUGCGGCUUCUUGAUGGAUGGAGUGGGACGGCUGAACACCAUCAAAAUUGCUGGAAUACCCGGCAUUAUAGGUUGGUGCAUGUGCGCCAUGGCCAACAACAUCCCAGUCAUCAUCUUUGGAAGACUCUUAGUCGGAUUAGCUUCUGCUUGGGGAACGAGUCCUGCCAUCGUCUACAUAUCUGAAAUUGCCCACACUGACCUGCGAGGGUCUUUGAUGUCUGUGGCUCCCCUCUACGUGUCCUUGGGCAUGGUUAUAACCUAUUUCUUGGGUUACAUUAUGCACUGGAGGGCUCUGGCCUGGCUCUGUAAUGUUUCUGUGUUAAUUCCUUGCCUCAUGUGCGUCCUCAUACCCGAGAGUCCUUCCUGGCUGAUAUGGAAGGGAAAAAACGACCAGGCCAAGAAGUCAGUCAACUGGUUCAACAAAAACCAGCCAAAACCCAAUGAUAAGGCGGAAACAGUGGCGGAAAUGCACUUCAGACUCCUCCAAGACGAGCAGGAGAAGAAGAACGAGGAGGCGGCCAAGAAGGGCAAGAAAGGGGCGUCCGCCAUCAUAAAGGAGUUCCUCAAACCAACCGGCUACAAACCCUUGAUCUUCUUCGUCGGCCUCUUCAUCUGCCAGCACUUCUCCGGCAUCUACAUCACCAUGUUCUACUCCAUCCAAUUCAUAGAGGCCGCCGGUACGAGUAUAAACGGCUACUUCGCCUCAAUUCUGAUCGGCGUGGUGAGGUUCGCAAUGUCCAUGGUCAGCACCGUACUACUGAAGAAGCACAAACGAAGAACGUUGAUGUUCAUCAGUUCGUCCGGCAUGGCCGUGUGCAUGUUCCUGUCCGGCCUCUUCACACAAUGGAUCCAAGAAGGAAAAACCACAAUGACUUGGCUUCCAGUGGCCUGCAUCCUUCUCUACGUGGUGACCAGCAUCAUUGGCGUCCUCCCAAUUCCCAACAUGCUGCUCGCCGAGCUCUUCCCGUUGGAAAUCCGAGGAACCGGCUACAGCAUAGGAUACUCCAUUUGCUGCAUGAUCAUGUUCUCGGCCCUCCAAAGUUACUACACCCUUUCCAAUAUGCUCGGCGGUGCCAAGAACCUGCAGUGGUUCUUCUCGGUGACCUGUUUGGGUGCUUUGGUUUACUCGUAUAUCUUCCUACCGGAGACUAAAGGUGUGAAGCUGACCGACAUCAACACCUACUUCAAGCACCAGUCGGUGUACAUUGGUUCGCACAAGAAGAAACGGUUAGAAGAAACGGACAACAAUAACAGAGUUUGAUGAUAUUCGUGCAGAGACAUUAACAAAUUAUUUAAAUGCUUGGAAAGAUCUCAUAGACGUGCCUCAUUAUUUAUUUUUUAUCUUUAUACAGGCACCUUUUAGAUGUACACAACAAAAUAAUAAAAUUCUAUCAAGUA